AUGGCCAUUUCCAAGAACCACAUCACAUACAACCAGUCCUGCAAAUGGCACAGAAAUGGCAUUCAGAAUCACUGGUCACAAAGCCCUGAAUCUCUUAAGGUGGCUGAUCCCAAGUCCCUGAGGUACAUGAACUUUGCCAAGAAGCACAAGAAAGGGAUGAAGAAGAUGCAGGCCUACAAUAGAAAAGGAAGUGAGUGCAUGCACAGAGGGCUUCAGUGCCCUUGUGGAGCUGAAGGUCUCAUGCCCAAAAUACCAAAGGGCCCCAGCAUCAGACUCAGCUGUCUGGCUUUCAUUGCUCAACUCAAACUUGAGAAGUGGAUUUGA